AUGGUAUAUCUAGACACCACCGAUACUAUGUGGCAGAAUGCUACGGAAUUUCUAAGUUUUAGCAUUGAGAACGUCUCUUCUUUAGAGCUCUCGUCCAGUGGAUACUACGAAAACAUGAACGCGUCCGAAUUUAAUCCGCGGAAUGUGACCAGUGAAGCUACUACUUGUGUACCGUUCAACAACACAGCUGAAUCUAAUAUCACCUUGACUCGUCCGAUGACGAAUGCCACCGAUUCCAUGUACGACCCUUUCCCGGACUGGUGGGAACAGUUAGACUCACAAUUCCAACUUAUUCUUCCAGUAAUGUAUAGCAUUAUAUUUGUGUUUGGGUUUGUGGGGAAUCUGUUGGUAAUUCUAGUACUCUUGCGCUUUUCUAGCAUGAAAACCUUGCCCAAUAUUUACAUUUUGAACCUUUCGAUUGCGGACUUUUUAUUUAUGCUAACCAUACCGUUUCUAGCGUACCAACAAGUGAUGGGCACGUGGAUAUUCGGCGCCGCGAUGUGUAAAAUCGUGAUGGCCUUCGAUGGCAUGAACCAGUUUACGGGAGUAUUUUUACUUACAGCGAUGAGCCUGGAUCGCUACGUGGCAUUUGUGCAUCCCAUGAAAUCGCUACGCAUUCGUACAGUGCGCACCACUCGAAUAAUUUGCGUAACGGCGUGGCUGCUCUCAACGCUGAUAUGUCUUCCGCUCUGGUUGUAUACGGAAACGUUUUUGCUAGGAGAUGAUAUAGUUUGUUAUUUGAAGUGGCCUGAAGACGAACGCGUCCCGGUGACAUUUUUAAUUUACGCCUGCGUGCUGGGGUAUGCCGUACCUCUCAUCAUAAUCGCCGGUUGUUAUUGCGUAAUUUAUAGACACGUAAUCGCCAAAGAUAAGCCAGAAAGUAGCCGGAAUGAUGCCAAUAGGAAAGGCUCCAGGCGCGUAGCUAUUUUAGUCAUCGUGGCUGUCGUAGCUUUCGCCGUAUGCUGGUUUCCGUUCUAUGCUUUGCAGCUUUAUUACGCGUUCUUUCUGGAUGGUUUCCCAUCUAAGGUGAGCGUGAUUUUCAACUAUUCCAGCAUUUGUUUAAGUUACGCGAACAGUGCAAUCAAUCCUAUAAUAUACACUUUCGUUGGAAGAAGUUUCAAAGAAAACAUACUCCGCCUUCUUCGGUGCCAGGGCCGAUCGACGAACAGGUCGGAAAGCAUAUUUAUCUCAAGCACACCAGGACAGAAACGACAAGAACCGACAGUGUAUCAGCCUGACUUCAAGUACAACCCCCGAUCGAUCGGGAUCACCGUCCCGCACUGGUACUACCGGCGCGUUCGAUAA